GGACUGGCGAAAGCAGGUUGAGGAUUGGAUGUUGACGCUAGCGUGACACGGAGAAGGUUACCCCGCUCCUGUAGAAGGUCUGAAGGAGUGGGAGACUGGGGAUCCAUAGAAUUGUCUAUUGAAGGUCCAGUCUUCUGUCACAAACCAGCGUGGCGACAGAGAGUUAGGAACAAGAUGGGAUAUUUAUUAAACAGAAUAGACAAGUAAUGAAACGGGAAUAUAAAGUCACUGACGGAGAAUGCUCAGAGUCCAGGUAUAGUAGCAAGGGGAGGCAAUGAAGGGGAAUACACAGGAGUAAGGUCAAGAUAUCUGAGGGCAGAGAAAACACAAGUUUAGUAGAGGAGUCUGGCAACUGUUCAGCAGUGUGGACGGUAGACCAAACGCCGGAGUACUGGCAUGAUGAGGGCUUUAUAGUUGAGGGUGAUUGCUGGGUGUAGAUGCAGGUGAUCAGUACUCCGGCGAUUGAGAUCGGGAGUGAUUGGAACCAGGUGCAGGCCGGGCCGGUGGACGAGGUGUGUAUCUUCAGAGAUGGACAGCAGGCUCCGUAUGGAUGUGUUUAUUAUAAGCACGCUGAAGCUGUUCCCUACGCAGUCGAACUUCUCAAUGGAAUCUGGCUCUAUGGGCAGCCGAUCAAGUUACAGCGUAAAACCGAUGGACUUUAUCAUAGAAACGAGGUGUUUUCAUACCACACGGGGAACGGACUAAUAGCAGACAGUGCAGAUGCUGUACAACGGGAUGAUGUGGUUUUGAAUUUAAAUCGCAGUCAAAGUGUGGAGAUCCAAUCUAAUGAAGCAUACAGCUGGAGUGACAUGGUGUACAGCAGACGUCUGCAGGUGUGUCCUCCAGCUGUGUGGUUCUUUCCUCCGCUCCAGCUGUGGCAUAGCUCUGGUCACUCAUCUGGGACAUCUCUCCACAGGUCAGCCAGCAGUGCAAUGGCUUGUAAUUUUCAGAAGGUGCUGUACGGAGAGCGCUGUAUGAGCAUCCUGACACCAUCUGUUCCUGUGAGCGCUUUUAUCAGCUCUGAUUCAGACUGCAAGCUCUAAACCAGUCAGAUCUGUGCAUGCUCUAAUAAAGCCAUCUGAAUGCA